AUGAGGGGAAGAGGCUCAGGCAGAGGUUCUGGCCGGGGAUCAGGCCGAGGACGUGGACAGGGAGACCCUACCGAGCCCGAUGCAGAGGCGCAGCAGCAGGCGCAGGCUGAAGGACCUGUUCAGCCUCUUCAGCAGCGCGAGCCUGGCGAGCCACAAGCUAUUCUGGACGACCAGGGUAGGGCGUUGGUUCGCCCGGACCGUAGCAGGACAUUGUUGCUGGACUCUGGGCCUGUUUCUAGGGCUAUACGAGACAUUUUCAGACAAUGCUGGUUCGAGACUGGAUCAGCAUGGCGGUUUCUGACAGCGGACCAGAGGGAGUUCUAUUUUCAAGAAUUUCAGAAAAAGUUCUGGUGGGAUACGUCGGCCUACAGCGAGGAGCUCAUCAGACAGGUCUUCAUGACCCACGCAGCCACUCGGUAUAAAGACAAUAUCCAUAAAAUGAAGAAGUUGAAAGCUAAGCACACAUCUGUGAACCAGGAAAUCUGGGAGUCCUGGAAUGCUUUCUGGGACACAGAGAAAGAGAAGAAAAAGUCAGAGAUAGCCCGGGCAAACCGGAUGAGCGAGCCGGCAGGCGCUGGUUCUGGACCUGUCCGCCAUACCGGGGGAUCUCGCUCCGCUAUCAAGCUUAUGGAUGUGAUGACUAAGGAGCUCGGCCGGGAGCCGACUGCGACGGAGCUGUACAGUCGCCUUCACUCAACGAAGGCUGACAAGAGGCCGGUCGACAAGCGGGCCCAAGACAUGACUGAUGCCAUCGCUCAGAGGCUCGCUGCCGCGACACAGUCGCAGACCGGAGAGGGUAGCUCUGCGAGUCCAGGGGAGGUGAACGAGACCCAGCUGUUUCUAGACAUUGAGGGCGUCAACAAGAAGCACCGGGUGUACGGCCUAGGUUCGGCGAGCAGCAGAUAUGCAGGCCCGAGCAGUAGGACACAGCGAGGCAGCUCUUCCAGGACGUCCCAGCAGACAGAAGAGGACAUCGAUCGCCGUGUUCAGGCCGGCAUUCAAGAGGGUCUGCGUGAGGUUGAGCAGAGGCUAGCAGAGAAGCAGAGACAGGAGCUGGCGGAGCAGCUGGCAGCUGCGCGGCGUGAGCAGCAGGAGAGCAUGGCCCAGCUUAUCCGUGAGGAGAUCGCGAGGUUGAUGCCUACACUCCCUUCAGAGCAUCGACCACAGUUCCCCCCUCCCCCGCCAGACGGCGGCGACACUACAGAUUUGUAGUCUUAUUUUCCGAACAAAUUGCGGGUUUUAAC